AACCUCACAGUCUCACUCUUAACCUGAAGAACGAAGAACCAUCUCAAACAAAUCCGACGAACGAAACAUGAAGUCAUUAGCUUCGCCACCGUGUCUCCGCCUGAUACCGACGGCCCACCGUCAGCUCAAUUCACGUCAAUCUUCCUCCGCCUGUUCUAUUCACGGUGGCUCUUCUGUGAACAAAUCCAAUAAUCUCUCAUUCUCCUCAUCCACAUCCGGAUUUGCGUCACCACUCACUGUAGAGAAGGAAUUACGCUCUUCAUUCUUACAGACGGCUGCUGUUCGCCAUGUUACUGGGUCUCUUAUCAGAGGCGAAGGUCUUAGAUUCGCCAUCGUUGUAGCUCGUUUCAAUGAGGUUGUGACUAAGUUGCUAUUGGAAGGAGCGAUUGAGACUUUCAAGAAGUAUUCAGUCAGAGAAGAAGACAUUGAAGUUAUAUGGGUUCCUGGCAGCUUUGAGAUUGGUGUUGUUGCUCAAAAUCUUGGGAAAUCGGGAAAAUUUCAUGCUGUUUUAUGUAUCGGCGCUGUGAUAAGAGGAGAUACCACACAUUAUGAUGCUGUUGCCAACUCUGCUGCGUCUGGAGUACUUUCUGCUAGCAUAAAUUCAGGUGUUCCAUGCAUAUUUGGUGUACUGACUUGCGAGGACAUGGAUCAGGCUUUGAAUCGAUCUGGUGGCAAAGCGGGCAAUAAGGGAUCUGAAACUGCUUUGACGGCGCUCGAAAUGGCGUCGUUGUUUGAGCACCACCUGAAAUAGCUCUGCUGGUUCCAUGGAUGAACAAUGAUCACGUAUGAGAACUUCAUGUUGUUGUCGCAUUUGGUUACAAUCCAAUCUCCAAAAUUCUACCUCAAAGAUUGUCAAAAUGUUUUACCCUUGGUUACAAAUCAUUUAAACGCUUUUGUAAGCUUUUGGCCUUUUUU